UGCUGCCCCUGGGCGGCUCUUCCUGCUUCCUCCUCCGCCUCUUCCACCCACACACCCCCCGCCAGGCUCUCGGAGCCGGAGGCAUGUCCAGGAAGCAGGAUCCGAUCCCCCACCCCCCACCUCCGUGGCAGGAUGUCCCUUAUCGGGCCAAGGCCGGCGGAGGAAAGGAGACGCGGGCAGCGCCAUGGAAUGCGCGGCGGGGCUCCCCAGGCGCCGUCCCGGCGGCCGCGCCUUCUGCCUUCACCUCCUUGGGCUGCUGCUGAAAACUGUGCCAACUUUUGGAGUGGAGACAUUAAUGACAACACCUGUCAUUCCACAGCCUGAAUAUAAUGCAUUUCAUGAGGAUUUCAUUAGUCUGAAUGUUUUGAACAAAAGAGUUAGCAAUGAUACUGAAAUUUCAGUUGUCUAUUUAUGCUCAAAACCUUGCACUGUUACAAUAGAAGCUGUAGCUUCAUGGGAAUUUAAAACUGGUGUGUCAGUAUAUAAAAAGAAUUGGGAGAACAACCACCACCUCCACAUGACUAGGAAUAGAAGCGUGAACUUGAAGUUUCCAAGCAGCAUGGUUUUCAGAGAUGAUUAUGUUAUCAAACAUUCCCUAAUAGUGCAUACAGUGAUACUAUAUGCAUGGAUUACCCAUAAACAAGGAAGUUUCUUCCAUGUGAAACAAAAAGAAGGUUACCUGUGGGCAAUUGCCAGGGAUUACAUCUUGCUGGAAACCGUUCCACCCUUUGAACGACCAUAUAAAGACCACAAGGUGUGUUUGAAAUGGAGCUUUGAAUAUAUGUGGAAACUCCAGGCAAACAGAAUCCCUUCGUGUCCCAAUGAGAAUGAUGUUGUGGAGAUCCUCAGCUUUCCAUAUGCGUCCAGUGGAGAGAUGAGUGGACUUGUCAAGAAGUUUAAGAAAUUUAAAAACAGAGAACUUGAGACAAUCAGGAGACAUCAGAUUGGUUACCCAACCUUUACUUUUUCAGUUUGGCUUUACUUACUCCGUUACUGCAAGAAGUCCUUAUGUGGAACCCUGUAUUUCAUAGAUUCUGAAGAAAUGUAUGGUACUCCUGCUGUAUUUCUGAAUGAUGAAGGUCAUGUUCAUAUUCAGAUGCACCUCAUCAAAGGAGAAGACAUUGCUGUAAAAACCACUUUCAGCCUUCCUCUGAAGCAGUGGCUUCGACUCGACCUCUCUGUUCAUGGAGGGCAGAUAGAAAUCACCUGUGUUGGAAAGAAUCUGAAACAUCGCCAGCAUCAAAUAUUUAUAUUUAGCGAGGAUAUCUAUUUUGAUGAUACUUCUGGUUAUUUGGUUUUUGGAGGCAGUGGAUAUUCAUCUGGUAUUGAAGGAUAUUUUGGAUCAAUAAAAUACUAUCGUCUUAAGAGCUUGGAAAGCGAAAUGAUUUCUCACCCUUUCCUGAACAAAGACAUUUUGGAAAGAAUUGAUCUCUACCAUAAAAAAUGUACAGACAUCCAGAGCAUAUCACUCCACAAAGGAUUCACUCUGAAACAAGAUGAGAAAGAGGGAAAGUGUAUUCAUGAGAACUAUUAUUUGGAAAUGGACAGCAAAUACAGAGGAAACCUCAAGUGUUCUGCCAAUGACUGGGAAAGAGAGCUAAGGGAAAAAUACCACAGCCUGUUCAAACAGUUGCAAGAGAGAGAUUUUCAUUUGCCAGAAGCUGUUGCAAGAGAAAGCCAAAAGGACUCAGUGUUAGAAACUGGGCGCUGGUUAUUUGAGAUAGUUGCUCAAAAUCUAUCCAGGCCUGAAGGGCUACAUUACAUAAACUCUUCUGUCUUGGCCUUGAUGGAUUCCAGCUGUUGUGGAUAUCACAGAGCUUCCUAUGUUCUUGGUGUUAUCUUUGAAAUAGGCCUGAGUAUGUCUACAGACCCAGCUCAGGGUCUGCUGUAUAGUUUGGUUGCAGCUCAGGGCGGUGAUAGGUUGGCCUUGAUGAGCCUUGGGUAUAAGCACUACCAAGGCAUUCAUAACUAUCCCCAAGAUCUGGAGCUAUCAUAUGCUUACUAUAGUGAUGUUGCUGUCAAGACACCACGUGAUCAGCAUACGAUUGAUGAAGACCAGGCAUUUGUAGAAGCAAUAAGGCUUCAGGAUGAUGAAUUAUUGAAAACUCAAACCAAAGAAAAUGGUGACCUCUUCAUGUGGCUCAAACAUGAAGCAGCAAGAGGAGAUGCUGCUGCACAGCAACGUCUAGGACAGAUGCUUUUCUGGGGCCAGCAAGGAGUACAGAAAAAUCCCAAAGCAGCUGUUGAAUGGUAUGCAAAGGGUGCUUUGGAAACUGAAGACCUAAUAUCCAUAUAUGAUUAUUCCAUUGUUUUAUUCAAGGGCCAAGGUGUGAAAAAGAACAGAAGACUUGCAGUACAGCUGAUGAGAAAAGCUGCCUCCAAGGGACUUCCUCAGGCAGUAAAUGGUCUGGGCUGGUAUUAUCAUAACUUUAAAAAAGACUAUGCAAAAGCAGCCAAAUACUGGCUAGAAGCUGAAGCUAUGGGCAGCCCUGAAGCAUCCUUCAAUCUUGGUGUCCUGUAUUUAGAUGGAGUUUAUCCAGGACUAACUGCUAGAAAUAAUACUGUCGCUGCCAACUAUUUCUAUAAAGCAGCGGAAAAAGGCCACAUGGAAGGGACAUUACGGUGUUCUCAAUAUUAUAUCACAGGAAAUUUAGCAAACUUUUCCAGAGACCCUGAGAAAGCAGUAAUCUGGGCAAAAUAUGUGGCAGAAAAGAAUGGCUAUUUAGGCCACACCAUCCGAAAAGCAUUAAAUGCUUAUCUGGAUUUGUCAUGGCAUGAAGCUUUCCUGUAUUACAUACUGUCUGCAGAAACUGGAAUUGAGGUGUCACAGACAAAUCUAGCACACCUCUGUGAAGAGAGGCCAAAUCUGGCAAAAAGAUACUUGGCUACUGACUGUGUUUGGAGAUACUAUAAUUUAUCAGUUUUUCAAAGCAACACUCCCACAUUUGCUUUUUUGAAAGUGGGAGACUUCUAUUACUAUGGAUAUGAGAACCAGUCCAGAAAUCUGGAAAUGUCAAUGCAGAUGUAUGCACAAGCAGCCUUAAAUGGAGAGGCCCAGGGAUUCUUUAAUUUGGCCCUUCUUCUGGAAGAAGGCUAUUCCAUCCCCAGUCGCAUCUUAGAUCAUUUAGAAAUUGACAGGGCCAUCUAUGCCAGUAAUACAACUCUUCGCCAUGAGCUUUAUGAAAGGUGCUGGAAUCAUAGCAACCAAGAAUCAAUUAGCCCGUGCACGCUAGGAUUGCUUUAUCUUCACCUGAGGAUCUUCUGGCAGGAUGUAUUGCAUUCUGGCCUGAUUUAUUUCAUGGGUUCCAUGUUUGUCUUCGCAUUGGUUGCAUUUAUCGUGCAGUCCUUCCGAAUGCUCUUCCGUGUUCAUCCCCAUUUACCCUCAGUGUCUGAACAAGCUCAAGUGGGACAUUCUCUUCCAGCUGAAAACAUUCAUGACUCUAGACCAGCAGAGAAGAAGAACAUGAUGCCUUGUCUUCAGGCAUGAGCUUUAGAAUUGGGCCAGAAUGUUACCACUUGUACCUUCUACUCGGCAAAAUGUUCACUCCCACGCAUCUGGCAUAUGUUCAUUAUCUGUCUUCACCUGUUUGCCUUAUAUACACUCAUUAAUAAAAUUAUUUUUCUAUUGC